UCCAUUGGGCAAAGCUGUUUGGUUUCUCAGAAAUCUAGCAACUUUCCCACUUCGGAAUUUUCUUUUCCUUACCUUCCUUUGACCUCAAAAAAGUAUUAAUUUGAUUUUUGUGGGAAGGAAGAAGGAUCAAGAAUGGCGAUUUCGACUUCUGCUAUGGGUUUUGGAACCUCAGUUUCUUCAUAUUCUUGUUUGAGAGAUAGGAGUUUUGAGAAAUCAUCAGUUUUGUGCAAUUCCCAAAACCCAUUUCGGUUUAAUUCUCUUUUUUCAAUUCGGAAAUCUCAUGGGUCUUCACGGUGUUCGGUUUCGAGAAAAUCAUGUAGAGUUCGAGCAACGUUGUUACAAGAGAAUGAAGAAGAAGUGGUUGUGGAGAAAUCUUUUGCACCUAAGAGUUUUCCUGGUAAUGUGGGAGGGGGAAGUAAUGGGGAGCCACCCGAUGAUUCAUCCUCUAAUGGUCUAGAAAAAUGGGUCAUAAAGCUUGAGCAGUCUGUAAAUAUCUUACUCACGGAUUCAGUGAUAAAGAUUCUUGACACUUUGUAUCAUGACCGAAACUAUGCAAGGUUUUUUGUUCUGGAAACAAUUGCAAGAGUUCCUUAUUUUGCAUUUAUAUCGGUUCUUCACAUGUAUGAGAGCUUUGGCUGGUGGAGAAGAGCAGAUUAUAUGAAGGUGCAUUUUGCUGAAAGCUGGAAUGAGAUGCACCAUUUGCUCAUUAUGGAAGAAUUAGGGGGAAAUGCUUGGUGGUUUGAUCGAUUUCUUGCACAACAUAUAGCUAUAUUCUAUUAUUUCAUGACAGUCUUGAUGUAUGCUUUGAGCCCGAGAAUGGCAUAUCAUUUCUCUGAAUGUGUGGAGAGCCAUGCAUACGAGACUUACGAUAAAUUCAUCAAGGAUCAAGGAGAGGAAUUGAAGAAUUUGCCCGCUCCAAAAAUUGCAGUGGACUACUACACGGGAGGUGACUUGUAUUUGUUUGAUGAGUUUCAAACUUCACGAGAGCCUAAUACUCGAAGACCAAAAAUAGAUAAUCUAUACGAUGUAUUCAUGAACAUUAGAGAUGACGAAGCAGAGCAUUGUAAGACAAUGAAAGCCUGUCAAACUCAUGGGAGCCUUCGUUCUCCGCACACAAAUCCAUGUGAUGAGUCUGAAGAUGAUACAGGGUGUCCCGUACCUCAGGCUGAUUGUAUAGGUAUCGUGGAUUGUAUAAAGAAGUCUGUCACCGAUCCUCAAGUCAUCAAAAGGUAGGGAAAGGAAAAACGAGAACAAACUAUACUUGUAUAUACUAGUAUAG